AUGGAGCAAUAUGGGAUGAGCUUCGGGUUCCGCGAGCCAUAUCAAGUCCUAGUCGAUUCGGAGAUUAUCAAAGAUGCAGAUAAGUUUAAAAUGGACCUCGUUGGGGGGUUGGAGCGGACGCUUCAUGGUCAAGUCAAACCAAUGAUAACACAAUGCUCCAUGCGCCACCUCUAUGCCGCGGCCUCUGAGCCAGGCGUUUCCUAUCUCAUCGACAAAGCCAAAACUUACGAGCGUCGUCGCUGCGAUCAUCGUCCGGAGGACUUCCCGGAACCGCUCAGCAACAAGGAGUGUCUCGCCUCAGUGGUAGAUCCCAAGGGCAACAAGACAAAUAAACAUUGCUACGUAAUCGCAAGUCAGGAUCUGGAACUCCGGAAACAUAUGCGGGGAGUGAUGGGUGUGCCGUUGGUCUAUAUCAAUAGAAGCGUGAUGAUAAUGGAGCCGAUGGCGAGCGCGACGGCCCAGAAUAGGGCGAGGGAGGAACGCGGCAAGUUCAGGGCUGGCUUGAAGAGGGGGAGUGGGAGUUUGAAGCGGAAGAGGGAUGAUGAGGAAGGGGAGAAGGAUGGGGAGGAGGCGGGAGACGACGAUGCUGCGCCUAAGAAAAAGUGGAAGGCCAAAGGACCUAAACAACCUAAUCCGUUGGCCGUGAAGAAGGCGAAGAAGAAGCCAGAAGAUGGGACAUCUGCUGCUGCUGCUGGGAAGGAGAGUAAGAAAGGCCCAGCGACUGAAGGGUCCGGUCUGGAUGCUUCGGAACCGGGCACGAAGCGGAAACGAAGACGGAAACAUAGUAAGCCGGUUGGGGAAACUGAAAGUGUGGCAGCAGUGCCAGUGGCAGUGGCAGUCGACGAUGAAUGA